AUGAUUCUUGGUCUUCCGACGGACGGCCUUCCAGUCACAGGGAUGACUAUCAGCAGUGUUGAGGCCUUAGAGGUAGAGUGUCUGCACCAAUUUGGGGAUGCACCGAGAAAGCCAGAAUGUAGAGGAAGCGGUAUAAAGCUUACGUGGCUACGGGAUCUAAAAGAAAGAUUACAGUUACAGUUGGAUAAUGAAGAAAGUAAACAGAGUAUUGUACAGUUCAGUUGGGAUUCGGCUUGUCUGGCACAUCUGUACAGGGCGUUGUGCAAGGCAUCUCGUUAUGACUGUAAGGAGAUUGACGAAUGCAGUUCUGUUAAUGAAUUAAGCGAUAUUAGGUGGCAUAACUGGGAACGUGGAGACCGACGCUUUAGGUUUACAAAACUUGCUCACUUUAGGAAGGCUUUUGAUGAUCUGCAGGAAGGCCAGUUUGUGUGGGUUGCUUAUGCUGUGGAUCACAUGGAUCCGGACGUAAUUCCUGCAGACAUCUACAUGCACUCGGUUGUGUGGAGUGCGACGGUGCCUUUGGUAUCUUUUGAAUGUAUUGAGUGGCAUGCAACCGAUCGGUUUAGGCGACAGUUUGGUUUCAUGCAGGGAGUUCCUCAUCAGGAACGGAAUCUAGACAAGGCACACGGUGAAGUCUUGACUGGUCCUAAGAAUCUUAAUUGGGCAACAGCCACGAGUCAUUCAUUUUGGGUGAUGCAAUGGACGAACAGGUAUAAUCACAUUUUGACUGAGCUUGAUGGUCCACAGCAUCCGUUAGAUAUUUACAUGCACUGGUACCGUACAAAAUAUGGCCGUCAUUUGAACUUGUCCGAUCUUGUGGUUCAAGAGAAUGUCGAGGGUGAACAGGGUAUGGAUGAUGUGGUUCAAGAGAAUGAAGAGGCUGAGGACGAGGAGCCACAAGAGCAGCAACCUCCACCUCUACCUCCGCCUCCAGCUGUACAGGAAUAA